AAAAUGGAUAAUUUUGCACUGUCGCUUAGAUCAACAAAGAAGACCACGAAUACUCAGAAGAAUAAAGCUCGCCUUGUGGCUGAUAAGAACGCAUUAAGAAAUCUGAAGAAUUUUAGCUUAACAGACAUGUUGGCUAAAUCUUGGAACGUCAAUAAACUAAUUCCUGUGCUGAAAAACAUUGAUGAAAAGAUGAGCAUAUUGAGCUCAUUUGUCUUGAAUCUCCAGACGGAAGUUGAGUAUAGAUAUCUUACCAAAUCUGACUUCCAAAAUGAGCUAUUCACGAAAUUUUCAGAAUUCGAAAGUUCAUUCAACUUACGACAAGAAAUAGAUGGCAUCAGUUUGGUCAAGGAUGAAAUUGAAAAACGAGAUGUGAAAGAGAAUAAGAUUCAGCGACAAAUUGAAGAUAUAAGAAAAUCUCUGGAACUGAAGACAAGCUCUCAAGAGCUCCGAGAUCUAACCGAAAAGAUUCAGGAAAAUUGGCAGUUUGAGAUUGAAAAGCUGAACCAAAGGAUCUCUAAAAUUACAACUGAUCUUUCUAAAAACUCCUUAUUCAUCUCUGAUAUUACUGAAACUGGGCAGAAAAAACCUACUGGGAUCUCUCUUUUGAAGGAGAGGAUCACUAGAGUUGAGAAAUACAUUGAAGAAGUGAUUAAUAAGCCUCUAAAUCCCCCAGAAUUAUUAGACACAGAAGAAAUGCUCUCAAGACUUCGCCCAUCAAGUGUUAUCUCUGAAAGGGUGAUUAAGUCAAUAAAUGAGAGAAAAUUCGAAGAGAGCUCUUCUCAGAGUAAUCAUAGUAAUGAAGAAAUCUCAAGAAUAUCAAACCCAAAGCACAUAUUGAGUCCUCCGAAAAACUUUAAUAUAAAAUAGAAGGAAAAGGAGUGUCUUCAAUUUCGAAGACCAGAACAGAAUCAUGAGGAAGACAGCUCAGAAGAUACACAAACCAAGUCGGAACCUUGGUGAAACUCAUGAUCCCGAUAUGAAGCCCCUCAGAUCACGAAAGAUCAAGAGCAAUUUCAGGCACAAAUCGACAUCAAAAGAAUUUUUCAACGAUGGUUUAAGAAUGGAUUCAUCCAGAGUGAGCCAUAACAACUCAGUUGAUGAGACAAACUCAGUAUCCGAUGAAAUCCAGUAUUUCGUGACUAAGAACAAUGAAUCCAGUAUGAAGAUAAGAAAGAGCUUUAUGGGGAACAACGAUAGGUACAUGCACGGAGGAAGUAAAGAGUCCACCAAUCCCUCUGUUAAGAACAUAUCUCCCAAUCUAAACCCGGUGAAAUCACCCAUUUCGGAAAUAAUCAUCUCCAAUCUCGGCUAUAAGACUGACAAGAGGAAGGACACCAAGGUUGACUCUCUUAAAAGAGAGAGUUAUUGGCAAUUUAAGAAUAUUCAUGACAAAAUAAAAAGUUUGCAUUCGAGUAUUAAAUACAAUAAUAACUUAAUACGGGAGAGGGAAAAGCAGAUAAGUACCAUACAGGCCCAGUGGAAAGUUCAGGCUAAGACCUCCAGAAAGUUCCAUGAUAUCAUCAAUGAGCUUAAAGAUAGAGUAUCCAGCCUUGAGAAAGGAGUGAAGAAUAAAGAACUCUUACAAAAUCUAUCAAAGAUUUCUAUGAAGCAUGUGGAAGCUGCUAAGACUGAACUCCUUGAGCACAUUGAAAGAGUCCAGGAGAACUUACUUAAAGAGGAGAAAGAGACCUCCAAGAGGAUAUCUACCUUGGAGAAAAUUUCAAAAGCGCAGAAGAAAAGUAUUUCAUUUAUGAUAUCACGAUCUGGAGAAGAUCGGGCCCAGCUUAAGCUAAAGUCUACUCCAGAGUUCAUGUUGAACAAAUAUUUGAGAGAGAUCGAGCUCCUGAAGAAAGACUUCUUCAUAGUAAAGACUAAGUUAACCGAAAAGUUCGAGAACCUCAAUGCAGUGUUUGAAGAAUGCAAGUCUCCAUUAGAUCAGCAAUUCAAGAGGCUCUGACAUGAAAAUAUUGCAUAUGAAAGGGAGCUCAAGAGAUAUAGGAAUGGGCUCAUAGAGCUCCUUGAUGCAGGCAACAUAGACCCCUCUAAGAUAAUCCAGAUACACUCGACUAGUAGAGACCUGAAGCUCCUCAUCCCUGAAAAGAUGCUUGACAAGCAGCAGGCAAAUCUAAAUAGAAGAGAUUCUGAUUCGGUUUUUAAGGAAGAAUCAGAUAUAGUUGACUCUGUUAAGAAUUUGUUAAGGACUCCAAACAAGAGACUAUACCGACAUAAAAAUGCUAAGAACCUAUCUGUUGAUACAUUUGUGAAUAAUACUACAAAGCUUGGUGAAGCUCAUCCAAGAAAAUUCUUUAAAGACUCUGGAAGCAUGCUAGCAAAGAGUUUUAAAAAGGCAUCAGAUGGGUUUCCCACCAGUCCUGAUCCUAGUAUCACAAAAAUAGUUACUCCAAAUAACCAAGAUGAGAAGAUAUUUUUAAAGAAAAGGCACACUGAUAUUCAGAAGUCGAGAGAGUUUAAUAUUUCUUCUACAAGGUACAAGCAUAAUAAAAGCUGUCAAGGUAUACGGUCAGAUAUAUCCUUCUCACCCAAGCCUGCAGAAAUGAUCAAUCCUUGGUAAUCUCCUUAAAAUGGGAAGGGAGAGAUCUUACAUAAAUUUUAUACGUAAAAUUCAU